AGCUACUAUUUCGACCUAAAUUUGUGGAUUAUUUUUGGAUAUUUUACUCGUUUGUUGAAUUCUUCCUCAAUCAACGGUGGAUUUUCCAGUGAAUAUGCCUGUGCGAAAGCAAGAAGCCUCCAGGGCUUUGGAGCUCCUGGAGGAGUACCACUCCAAGCUGACUGCUACGGGGGACCGUCCUCUCCGCAACGCCAUCGAACGUGUCAUCCGCAUCUUCAAAAGCCGCCUCUUUCAAGCUCUACUUGACAUCCAAGUCGCUUGCGUUCUUCUUCCAGUUGAUAACAAUAUACAAGAAUUCUACGAGGAGACCUUGAUGGACAGUUCUAAAUCAAUAUCACAGAAGACCUUAGAAACAUUACAGGUCGCAACCAGGUGGGAGGAGCAGCAACAGUUUGGACAGAAUUCACCCAAACAACCUUCAGAGGUAGGACUAGUGAUUGAUUUGUUUAUUUAUUAUUUAUGAGUUGAUUGAUUAAUCUGAUUGAUUUAUUGGUUGAUUGAAUGUUUGAGUAAGUGAGUGAGUGUUUGAUUAAUUAUUUGAUUGAUUAUGUGAUUGAUUGAUUGAGGAGAAGAUACAUUGAUUGACAAUUGUUUGA